GUUGUGUCAAUGGAACAUCGGACGUUGUGUCAAUAGAACAGCGGACCUAAGUCUAGGUAGAAAAAAAAAUGAAGAAGAAUAAUAUGCUGUCAAUUGUGUACACGUCAGCUCUCAAGUCACUCAAGUCUUUUAGGUUAGUUUUGUGAACUAAAAAAAUGGAAAGAAGUGAGAUUUUGAAAUGCAAAAUAGGCCCUUCUGUUUUGAAUGCGGAUUUGUCGCAAUUGUACAUUGAAUCCCAAAAAUUAUUAGACAAUGGUGCAGACUAUCUACAUUUAGACGUCAUGGACGGACAAUUCGUUCCUAACCUAAGCUUCGGACACCCAGUUGUGAAGUGUUUGAGGACAAAAAUUCCUAAUGCCUUCUUUGAAACGCACAUGAUGGUCCAGGACCCCGAAAAAUGGAUAGAACCGAUGGCUGAUGCUGGUGUUGAUCAGUACACUUUUCAUAUAGAACCCGUUUUAGUCAACGUAUUGAAAGUUUGCCGAAAAAUCAAGGAAGCCGGCAUGAAAGUUGGGAUAGCUCUGAAACCUGACACCGGUAUAGAAGCUGUAAGGCAAUACAUUGACCAUGCAGACUUGAUACUGGUGAUGACAGUGGAACCUGGUUUUGGUGGACAAAGUUUUAUGGCCAAUAUGAUGCCUAAAGUGCAGUGGCUCAGGAAAAACUACCCUCUACUGGACAUUGAAGUGGAUGGUGGGGUAGGUUUGAACACAAUCAAUGCUUGUGCAGAGGCAGGAGCAAAUAUGAUUGUGUCAGGUACAGCAAUAAUAAGUUCAGGUGAUCAAAGGGCUGUGAUUGCCAGCUUAAGGGAGACUGUGGAGAGUUCAAUCCACAAAUGUAAUGUUUGAGUCUGGUGCCAAUGUGAUCCAUGUUAAGUUUUAAAACAAUGAAUUGUUGACAAAAAAAAUCCUUGGAAGACAUUUAAAGAAGUUGUUGCUGUUGAUAUUUUGAAACUUCUGUUUUUCUAGUGAUUCUUUUACAAUCAAUUUUCUAUGUGACUUGUCAGGGUUUUGAAUAAGAUUGUUAAGUAGGAUCAUAUUUUUUAUAUUGUGUUUGAUAUUUGGUUAUCUAGUGUUGAUAUUUCUAAUGAAUUUGUUAGUUUCACAGGGGUCUAACAAGAAACAAAUAAAUCAGGGGACUUAUAUUAUAUUUUUUGCCUUUCCAAUGAUGAAAAUCUUCAUUCAAUGGUUUUAUUAGUAAGUUUCCUCUAGAACAAAAAAGUAAUCUUCAAGUUGUGAUUGAUAUUCUACAAGGAAAUUCUUACUUUUAAGAUUCAAAACUGUCUUCAGAAAGAAUUUUGGAUAGGCCCAGUGGGGAAAAAAUAUAAAAAUUCAAAUUUUCAGACAUAUUUACUAG